CUUAACCAGAUCCCUAAACCGUUUGUCUGCCCACUUCCCCGCAUUGGAACCCGGUAUCUACCGAGGCAACGCUCCCAGUGCGGCUGUGCACGUCGGAAGUCGACUGCUUUAGUCUGCGGCUGCUUGCUACGUCAUCCGCGGCGGGUUUUAUUUUGGGAAGUGGUGCAUGUGCAUGUACAAGCCACUCUCCGCUCUGUCGGCGACACGCGGACAAACGAAUCGAUUCAAACGACCAAAUGAUAUAUAUUAUAGAGGCUGACGUACAAUUGAUCAUUUGUCACGUGUGCCGCGAUUACUGCCGCGAAUUCGACCGACAGUGUUUGGUAGCGACGGUCCCUGAAGAUCGUACAGACACAUGGCCAUCGUUUCCGCUCUGCUCCGUUCGCCGACUCGUCUCGUUGCAGCGAUUCGGCCGCGAGCUUUGAAGCUGGCAAAUUGCAAACGGAUUGCAUGUCUCGCCCUGUCCUUCCAACAUUGUCACACGUCGGACACUAACUCAUCAGCUGAGCAUCUCAGCUCUGGACUUGAGAAGUACAAGGACUUGCAGAUAUAUUUCAACAGGAGACUGAGGGCAACACACCACAGGUUCUCCAACAUACCUGAUUACUCAGUGGUCUGUGGCCAUCAUCACGUGUAUUUCAUUGAGGGUGAUGGCAUCUACAGAAUGGACGAGAGGCAGAGAGAGCUGGAGCACGUGCUAAAUCUAGGACAAGUCUCUGGGGGAGAGGAGAAGAAAGGACCUAAGAAUGGAGAGAGGAUGCAGACGUUUCAGUGGACCAUCCAGAGAAUACGUUUGUCCCCACAGGAAAAGCAUCUUGCUGCCACGCUAAAAGCUAACCACAGAGAAGAGCUAAGGUGUGUGGUUGUGAAGCUUGACAGAAAAAUGUCCUCUCUGGAUCCAUCACACAUCAUGCUCACACUGGACAAAGUCUUCAGCCUUGAGUGGGCCACAGAUGAGGUCCUGUUCUACACUACUCUUGAGGGUCUGCGUUGCAGCAGGGUGUUUCGUCUAGACCUGACCUCCAGUGGAAGCAGGAUAACCUCUGUGUAUGAGGAAGAGCGGCCUGAUGUGUUCGUGGAGGUUGCCCUUUCUAGAGACCGACAGAUACUGAGCAUCAACUGCAACAACAGGACCAGUUCAGAGGUGCUGCUGAUUGACACAACAGCAGCUAAUUUAGAGCCUCUACUGGUUCAGCCUCGUCAGCUGGACCUCCUGUACCACGUUGAGCACUGGAGAAGGUGUCUGGUCAUACUGGCUAAUACAGGGCCCGGACAGGAAUAUGAGGUGGUGCAAGCCCCACUCACAGAUCCAUCCAUGGCUUCCUGGGUCUCAUUGUUUGUCCCUGGCCCUGGCAGUGCAGUCAAAGACAUGGAAGUGGUUGGAGACCACUGUGUGUUGGCUGGAACAACACCGACCAAUGAACUUGUUCUGACUGUAGUCCCGCUGACCCACCCCAUGAAAGCAUACACUGUACCGCUCCCUUCCUGGGCUUGUGCCAUUGAAACCAAGAAACCAGGCUUGGCAGAUGAAAGCAAAGUGUUAGAAUUCCUGCUAUCAUCUCCAGUACACCCACCAGUGCCCUACUGCCUCUACCUCGAGGAUGGGCUCCUUUUAUCAGGCACUGAAGAUGGAUCCUUCCCAGUGAACCGGGGCAAUUAUACCACCAGACGCUUAGAGGCCUGCAGCCAAGACCAUACCCUGGUGCCAGUGACACUCUUUCAUGCAGUACCUGUGGAAGGUUUGAGACAGAUGCCACUGCUGGUCCAUGUCUAUGGAGCUUAUGGCAGAGAUCUCCAUAUGGAGUUCUGCCCAGGGAAGAGGCUGCUUCUGGAGCAGGGCUGGACUCUGGCCUACUGCCACAUCAGAGGGGGAGGAGAGUUGGGUCUGUCCUGGCAAAGACAAGCUCAAAAGGAAGGGAAGCAGAAAGGAGUGGAGGACCUUCAGGCCUGUCUCCAACAUCUCUUCUCCUUAUGUGUCUCCUCUCCUUCUCUCACUGCCCUUACAGCCUGCAGUGCUGGGGCUGUGCCAGUGGGAGCACUGUGCAACAGACACCCACACAUGAUGCGGGCUGUGUCCCUGCAGGCUCCUUUCCUUGAUGUGUUGGGAACAAUGGAGGAUCCCAGCCUGCCUCUAACUUUGGAAGAUGGAGAAGAAUGGGGGGACCCUUUAGGGAACCCAAAACAUAGACUCAGCAUCACCUCCUACUGUCCCCUUCACAACAUUUCUCCUCAGUGCUAUCCAUCGAUGCUGCUGACAGCCUACAGCGGUGAUGCCAGGGUUCCUUUGGCAGGUGUCCUCAAAUACGCUGAGCAGCUAAAGAAAGCCAUUCACACACAUUUCACUGUGGAUCCAAAGUCAGAAUGUAAACCAGCACCAAACAUAGUUCUGAAUAUCCAACCUGGAGUGAAUCACCAGGGUCCAGAGGACUUUCAGCUGAUGCUGGAGGAGGAAGCCCUCAACCUAGCAUUUCUAUACAAAGAGCUUGGCCUAGACCCUCCUCGAUACAAGAGGAAGAGAUCGUAAGGCUGUCAAAAGGCAGUCAGGCGUCAACGUCAAAUUAUUCUCGAACAAUCCCAGUGAAAGAGAAAACAACAACAGUGACUGUAUCUGCAAUGGUCCUUUUAAUAAAACGACACACACCCAUUACUGAGGUGGCACCGAAGUACAAUCUUGAUUUGACUGCUAAUGUGAAACUGUAAGACAAUACAAUACCAUUGUACAUUCAUAUUAACAUUUAUAAAGAAUAUCCAUGGCCCCUACAUAGCAGGCCUUUUCAGAGACAUAGCACUGUUUGGUGUGGUUGGGAUUAAACCGAGUGUGGGUGGAGUACUGAAUCACCAAACCCUCCCCUGCUUCUGUCAGGAUAUGAGACUUCUGCAACACCUUGCCCUUGUUGACAUGGUUUGUGCUCAUCAGCACCUUCAACUGGUCUGGUAGCUCAGGAAAAGAGGAGAGAUCUGUUAUGGCAGAUUCUUUGCCAAAAUUAAGCACCAUGAGGAAAGCUUGGUCCAGUCCGUCAAGCUCCCUAAGGUAGGAGAAGACAUUGGCAUCUGCAUGGAUAUAGCAGAACCACCCGCGGUGAAGGGGGAGCUCUGACUGACGCAGGGUGUUCAGAAAACGGUACUGAGCCAGGACAGAACCUUCAUCUUUCUUUUGGACCUAGAAGAGAAAGGGUGGCAUGGGGUUACUUGUGAUAAACACACCCAAGUUGAUCAGAAUAAAGGAUCUUUACCUCCACAUUGACACUUUUGUAGUCAGGGUGAACAGGCAUCCAGGUGACGUUGGUUUUGUUGUUGAAGUCUCCAUUCAUGUUACCACUCCACUGCAUCGGCGAUCGCUGAGGGUCCCGACUGGCACUCUUUCGUGAAAAGACAGGAAUAGUUUGGGCACUUAAGCUUCUUCUGACAACAAAUGUGCAUAAAUACACGUAUGUACAUCAGUGCAGUCAAAAUACAACAAACUGUAAAUAAAUCUUAAAUCAUGAA